GUCAAGGGUCAUACAGCUAAAAGUAGUUGGGGCGCUCAUGGACGCUGUGGCCAUUGGCACGAGCAUCUGAAGUGCGACCUCGAUUUCUUCCUGUCCUCACAAGCUUCAAGCGUCUGCGGGGGUUGCUGGACACUGAUGAUGCGCUGACAGUAUCUGCAGAGCAAGGAAUCCUCUCCAAGGAAAAAGCUUUUGUGGUUGGACGACUUCAUUUGCAUCGAGUUGUAUAGCUGCUGCCUGGGAGGAGCCUGCUCAAGAAAGACUUUCUUACUUUCGGAAGGUUUGUAACAGAAAUGGCGCUCCAAACAAGUGGGAGGCACUAUGAUUCUGCGAUGGAGCGGGUCCUGCAGAUGAACAUUGUGGGGUCGGAGUACUACAAGGAGCUCAACAGCAUCAAGAACCACCUCGAGGUAAUUGAUGAGAUCUACAAUCAGGUGGAGCAUGUGGAACCCUGGAUGAGUGGCAAUGCGCGCGGCUCCUCCACUGCCUUCUGCCUCCUGUACAAGCUGUUCACGCUGGAGCUCAACAUCAAGCAGGUGCAAGACCUGAUUACCCAUGAGGAUUCACCGUACAUCCGAGCGGUCGGCUUCCUGUACCUGCGCUACAUCGCGGACCCCAAGACGCUGUGGGACUGGUGUGAGCCUUACCUCGAGGACGACGAGAAAUUUGCCCCGGGCAUUAAUGGGAAGAUGGUCACCAUGGGCCUUUAUGUGAGGGACCUGCUUCUGGAGUUGUACUACUUCGAUACCAUUUUCCCUCGGAUACCCGUUCCCGUUGCCCGUCAGAUUACCGCCAAUUUGGAGUCGCGUGGCCUGCCUACCAAGGGGCUAGGGGCCGGUGGCGCUGGCGGCAAGACAGCACGAGGAGCGGAGGGAGAAUCACGACGCCCACCUUCGGUGAAAGCUGCUCUUUCAGUGGCAUUUGGCCAGCGCGCCCCUCAUCGGUCUGGAGCGAGAGAAGCGGCCACGGCAGACCGCGUGCGGGGAAGCAGCGCAAGGCUCGACGAGUGGGACGAUGUCCCAGCUAAGCCGCGGGACAGGAGUCGGGAUACGAGGGACAAGGAACGCAGUCCGUUGAUGCCGGUCGCCCGUGAAAGGUCUAGGGAUCGGAAGGACGAGCGGGAGAGGUCUAUUGACAGGAGGGCGGAGCGAGAGAAGUCUGCGCGGAGAGAGAGGUCGCCAGAAAGGCGUAAGGAGAGGGAAAGCUCUCGGGACAGGAGGAGCGAUCGAGAACGCGAGAGUAGGAGGGACCGGGAGAGGUCGAGGGACAGACGGGUCGAGCCGGAAAGAGUGAGAGACAGGUCGAGGGAUAGGAGGGAUGAUCGGGAUAGAGAGCGGAGGCCGGAAAGGUCGCCAGAGAGGAAUCUUAGAAGGGAGGACGACAGAGGCCGGGACAGAUCGCGGGAGAGAGGUGUUGAUCGGACGAAGGAGGCGAAGCGGGACAGGUCGAGGGACCGAGAUCGUGACAGUAGGAAAGAGCGUGGGCGCGAUCGGUCGAGAGAGCGAAAGGAUGAGCGGGGGCGGGACAGGAGGGAUCGUUCACGGGAGAGGGGCGAUCGUGACAAGGAGAGGCACAGAGACAGGUCGAAGGAGCGAAUGAAGGAGCGCGACGAGGGCGGAAGGAAAGAAGAGCUUGACCCGGAAAAGGACUCCCAUCGUAAUGGAAGGGGCUCGGAUAGGGAGGACCGCGACAGAGAUGGGAAGCGCCGGGACAGGGAGCACGAGAAGGAAAGAGAUGGUGAUCGGAAGCGGCCUCGGACCGAGGAAGAGGGUCAGGAAGAGGACGGUCAGCCAAGCGGCGGGGAGGGCAAAGACAGGCUCACUGAUACAGAGCGGCCCUUGCGGGAUGCGCCCGCGAGGACAGAUGUAGAGGAAACCCAACAGCCUGGUGCUGACGAGGAAGGGGAGGAAGGAGAGAUUGAAGUGCACAAUGACGGGGAUUCUAAGAACGCAUCUUCAACACCAGAUGCUCCUAAGGAGCCAGAAGUUGGCACAUGAGAUUGUUUUGUGGAGUUCGAGGAGCAUUGAGUUGGUCGAUUUUUAACGAACGAACAACUUAAAGUUCUGAAGAGAUCUGAAAUCUGGUAGUCUGUUCUUGGAAGAUGCAACCAGGCCUGUACGAGGGUUGUUAAUUGCAAUUUGGUUGGGAGAAGCGGAGGACCUGAUAAGGCGACUCUUUCAGCAUCUUGCAAUUAAGAAGCUCGUGAUUGCUCGCAG